AUGCCACCCGCCCUCAAAGGCAUCCCCCCGAUCCAUUUCGGACCCUUCGUCGUAACCACCCAGGUCUUCCACCUAACCCCCACCACCUUCGCCCUCGUAAACCUCAAACCCAUCCUCCCGGGCCACGUCCUAAUUUCCCCGCGCCGCAUAGCCCCCCGCGUCGCCGACCUGACCCCCUCCGAAACAACCGACCUCUUCCUUACAGUCCGCCGCGUAGGCCGGAUGAUCGAGCGCGUGUAUGGCGCGAGUAGUCUGAAUAUCGCGAUUCAGGACGGGGUGGAUGCCGGGCAGAGCGUGCCGCAUGUGCAUGCGCAUGUUAUUCCGAGGCAGAGGAGGGAUUUGGAUCAUUUGGGGGGGACGGAUGCGAUUUAUGACAUGUUGGAUGGGGAGGAGGGAGAUGUGGGGAGGAUUCAGAGGGAGGUUGCUGCCACUACGAAGUCCGGGGCUGGGGAUGGAUCGGGGUCCGGGUCGGGGUCGGGGUCUGUUACGGAGGAGGUAAAGAAGCAGCUGGCGCAAGAUGAUGAGGGUGGGAGGCGGACUAAUUUUCCGGCUGUUGAUAAUGAUGCUAGGAAACCGAGAGGUAUGGAGGAGAUGGAGGCUGAGGCUACCAUGUUGGCAAGGGAGAUGGAGAAGGAGCCGCUGGAUUGA